AUGGGCCACAGCACUGUUUCCCUGGCCAUGGCCACACUGGGAAUAUUCAUCUUCUACCUGAUCUCCAAAGUCCUCCUGAAAACAUGGCACAACGCCACAGAAGCCCGCCGCCUCGGUUGCAAACCACCGGCCUCCUUCCCCUACUGGUGCCCUGUCGGCCUAGACAUUGUGCGUAAGCUCAUCGCCUCUCGCCGGCAGAUGCGGACCCCCGAGUGGCUGCGAGAGCAGCUGGCCAAGACGUCGACGCCGGCAAAUCCAAACAACCUGACCUGCUCUUUCCAGAUCAUCCAAACCAGCGGCAUCCUGACGGCCGACGAGGUAAACGUGCAUGCACUGCUCUCGAAACAGUUUGACGAUUUCGAGGUCGGCCAGACCAGACGCGAAAUCGCCCGCCCCCUGGUGGGUGACAGCAUCUUCACUACAGAUGGUCACGCGUGGAAGAUACUGCGGGCGCUGGUCAGGCCGUCGUUUGCUCGGCACCAGGUCGGCGAUCUUGAGCUGGAUGAAAAGCAUGUCAAAAAUAUGAUGGCUUGCCUCGAGACGGGCUCGGAUGGCUGGACGGGGAAUAUAGACCUCCAGACGCUCAUGUUCAGAUACUCCCUCGAUUCGUCCACCGAGUACCUUUGCGGCGCCUCGGUUGGGUCUCAGCUUAAGGAGCUACAGAAGGGGAAGACGGCCGAAGACACGGACGAGAUCGACUUUGCGUCCGCCCUGGACCGAGCAAUGGAGGGCCUCGCCACCCGCGGGCAAUUCUUCGAAUGCGGGCCAUACAUCUGGCCGAGGGGGUUCCAAAAGGCCUGUGAAGACUGCCACGCCUUCAUCGACAAAUACGUAGCCAGACAGCAGCAUAAAAACCUCACUGCCGUCGCCACCGAGAAGCAACCCUCGGCCGAUACAUCACCCGACGCAAAGCACAAAUACAUUUUCCUAGAUGCGCUCGCCGAGAGCUUCCCCGACCCCGUCGAGCUUCGCUACCAGAUCCUAGGCGUGCUCUUCGCCGGCCGCGACACGACGGCCUCGCUCAUCAGCUGGGUGUUUUACAACCUCGCACGCGACCCGGCCCGGUACCACAAGCUGCGACAGGUCGUGCUGGAGCAGUUUGGUGGGCCGGGUGAGGACCCAAGCCGCCUCAUCACGUUUGAAAGCCUCAAGGAGUGCCGGUACCUGCAGCACGUCAUCAACGAGACCGCGCGCCUCUGCCCCGUCGUGCCCGUCAACUCGCGGCGGGCCAGGCGCAACACCACGCUGCCCAGGGGUGGGGGUCCUGAUGGUCAAUCAAAGGUUUUCGUCAAGGAGGGCACGUUGGUUUACUUUGCGCCGUAUAUCAUGGGGCGGAGGAAGGAGCUGUGGGGUGACGAUGCGGAGAGGUUCGUUCCGGAGAGGUGGGAGGGUAAACGGCACGGGUGGGAGUUUAUACCGUUCAGUGGAGGACCCAGAAUCUGCCCGGGCCAGCAGUCGGCACUGACAAAGACUGCAUACGUGAUCGUAAGGUUGCUGCAGCGAUUCGACAGGAUAGAAAGCUGGGACCCUGAGAUGGAUGUGAAGCAUGAUGCAACGGCUACCAUGUGCUCCGGGACGGGAGUCAAGGUUAGAUUGCAUGCGGAUGGGUUUUAA